GAGUGGAGCCUGUGUGUGUGUGUGAGAAGCUGCGUGCUGAACAACGCGAUAUACAGUAGUAACCCAGAGUGAGGUGGCAGUCUUAUUCCACAUCGACUUGCCCCUGCGCGCAUCUUUAUCUGAGUCCAUAUCUGUGCGCAGUGGAAGAAGAGCGGAUCAGCAUGGCCCCUGGACGUGACUGUGGACAACCCACGAUCUGAUCUGGUUUCUUCUUUGUGUGGAGAUUGAUUGCACAAGGCGUUCAUUUCUGAGUAUUUGGCCUCUGCUGGGACUUCGCUGGGGUUGAACAGCAACAAAGGACGGGAGCGCGCAUUCAUGGGACGCGACUUUGACAGCUCCCCGUCUGUUCUCCUAUAACUUUAUCAGCUCUCAGCAAGGACCAGAUUGAGUCUGGAGAUAAUGGCAGAGGCUCCGCUCCCUGACGCUCUUCCGGACUUGGAAGUGGCCAUUGACCCGGACUUUGAGCCCCAGAAGCGCCCCCGCUCCUGCACCUGGCCGCUGCCCCGACCGGACUCCAGCGCGGUGAAACCGGAGAGCACCGAGGCAGAUAUUAUACCUGAGGAGGAGGACGACGAGGAGGACGGCUCAACCCCCGCUUCCAUCGGUGUUAAUGGCUCCACUGCUGCGACAGAGGACCAGAGCAGUAACAGCCCCGUUACCGACGGUCCGUACCCCUCCCCCGGGCAUGAGAGCGGAGGCUCCCCGCUCUCCACGAACUCACCUCCGGCCCCCUCCGGCGCUUUGACCCCCAGCGGCUUGGCUGCAGCGCAGACCCCGAGGAAGGCAUCGUCCCGCCGCAACGCCUGGGGGAAUCUCUCCUACGCCGACCUGAUCACCAAAGCCAUCGAGAGCUCACCGGAGAAGAGACUGACCCUGUCCCAGAUCUAUGACUGGAUGGUGAGAUCCAUCCCCUACUUUAAAGACAAAGGCGACAGCAACAGCUCUGCAGGCUGGAAGAACUCCAUCCGGCACAACCUGUCUCUCCACAGUCGUUUCAUCCGUGUCCAGAAUGAGGGAACGGGAAAGAGUUCAUGGUGGAUGAUCAACCCAGAGGGAGGAAAGGGAGGCAAGGCUCCACGGCGCCGGGCAGUCUCCAUGGACAACAGCAACAAGUACACCAAGUCUGCCCGUGGUCGUGCUGCUGCUAAGAAGAAAGCCGCCCUGCAGGCUGCUGCUGCUGCAGCUGGGGAGGCUGGUGGGGACAGUCCGUCAGGCCCCUCUAAGUGGCCGGGGAGCCCAACAUCACGCAGCAGCGAGGACCUGGAUGCCUGGACAGACUUCCGAUCCCGAACCAACUCUAAUGCCAGCACAGUUAGCGGCCCAAUCUUAGCAAACCCUGAGCUUGACGAGGUCCCUGAUGAUGAACCUCCUCUCUCACCAAUGAUCUACUCCAGUCCUGGCAGAGCCCUGUCUCCUGGCAAUACUUUGACCAAUGGGAAGCCUGCGCCUGCUGAGCUACCUCGUCUGGCGGAUCUGGCCAAUACAAUGAACCUUAAUGAUGGAAUCACUCAAGACCUGAUGGAUGAUUUGCUGGAUAACAUCAAGCUAGAACCAACCACUUGCAGCCAGGGAAUGCAAAAUGGUUCCUCAGGAUUUAGUUUUGUGUCCAAACCCAAUGGGUUAGGGUCACCUUCCUCAACUUCAUCUCCAUCCUCCAACAACUCCCCUAAUGCAGGAGGUAAUAGUUACAGUAACUCCAUCUUUGGUCCGUACACAGGAAGCUCCUCACUGCGUACGUCCCCCAUGCAGACCAUCCAGGAGAAUAAGCAAACAUCAUUUUCAACCACUGGCAUGUCUCGCUUUUGCGGCCAAACACUACAAGACCUUCUUAACUCUGACAGCCACAAUCAUAGUGAUGUCAUGAUGACUCAGUCCGACCCAUUGAUGUCACAGGCCAGUGCUGCUGCCAUUAUUUCCCAGAACGCCCGGCGAAAUGUUAUGGUCCGUAAUGAUCCUGUUAUGACUUUUGGGACCACUGGUGGUCUUCAGGGUGGCCAUAGGGAGAUGAUCCAAACUAACAACCACAAACAGAGCACCCUCAGGUCUUUGAAUGGAGAUCUGAACCUCGUCAACGAGGCUAAUACUUUGGCUAAUGUCAAACAACAGCUCCUACUGUCACCAAUUGGUGGAAAUGGAACUUCCUCCAUGCAGAUCGACACCUCCAUCUUUUUAAAUGGCACAGUUAGCAGCAGCGGAGGUUGUCAGGACCGCUUCCCUACAGACUUGGACCUGGACAUGUUCAAUGGUGGCAGCCUGGAGUGUGACAUGGAGUCCAUCAUUAGGAAUGAUUUGAUGGAUGCAGACGGUCUGGAUUUUAAUUUUGAGACACUGGCCAACAUGAAUGGAGUCAGCAACUUCACAAGCAGCAAGCAGACGUCCCAGAGCUGGGUGCCUGGCUGAGAUAGAAGGGGAAGAGCAGGUCUGACAUAUGAGGUGCAAAAGGAGAUCAGACAGAACCUCCCGUUUUUGCCAAACCAGCCAUCAGCACAAUGUAAAAUACAAACGCUGUGUUUACAAAAGUAAACUUCCUCUCUUGAGCUUUACCUUCACUCCCACACUGGCGAACCACAACUGACCUGAGAGACUCUAAAGAUGCUGCACCUCAGCCCACAAAGCCUCCUGUGAAAUAAAAACAAAACAAACUGAAAAAAAAAAAACAAUGACAUGCUUAUGAAAAACUUAUGCAAUUUUUCUUUGACGUCCAGUUAGAAGACGCAGCUUGUCCGAACUUUUGUGAGGUGGAAAUCAAGGACUAAGGGUUAGGUGAAGACAUUCGAGAUCACGGUGCAGUUGUUCCCACUAAGAGAUAAAGAAAAAAAAAAUCAAGACAGACUGUGGGAUGUUUUAAGGACAAAAACAAUCCAUCUGUCACUAGUUGUUAUAUCUGUUCACUGUUUGUUUUUUUGGCAUUAUUCUGUUUUAUCUUGGUUGAUCAUUUCUGUAUAGGAAAAAAAAAAAUCAAAAUUGGAUUUGUUUAUUGAUAAAAUGAAGAGAAUCAGAGGGUCUUACUGAAUGGGUGUUGCACACAGUUUUUGCAGACACCCAAACAGACAAACUGACACUUUGCAAAAGAAAACCUCAGAAACCUUAGAUGAAAUUCAUAAAACUUAUGCCAUGCACUUAAUGUUUUUGCUUGAAGUUAAAUAACUGCGGCAUACUAAACAUCACAUGCUUCAUCUUUGUGUACUCCAAAGUGUGCAUAAAGAAGGAGGAGAGCAGAUCUAAAAUGUAUUUUUUUUUUGUUUGUUUUUGUGAUAGCUUCUGGGGAGCUCCGUUGAGCUUGUUUAAUGCAGCCAAUGAUGUAGCUUAAAUACAUACCUGUAUCCAAGAGUUGUGAAUAUUUCCACACCACUAUGGGUGCUGUAUGAACAGUGUUGAAUCCUAUCCUGAGAGCGAGCUGCGCCUGUUGUUUUAAAAGCCACAUGUAGCGCUGGCGGAGCAGAAAAGACAACAAGAGGGUUUUUUUUCUCAGCCUCAUUCCUCUAGAAGCCACUUGUUUCUUGAGUUAAAAAAAAAGAAAAAAAAAAACAACAAAACAAUAAGCUAUCUCUGUAAAUUGCCAAAUUCACUUGAAAUAAACAGUAGGGUAUGCUGGCAGCCAAAUCACAUGUGCACACACAUACACAACCUUGCAACAUUUACAUGUACAAGAAAAUCUAUAAGCAGGGAUCUGUGUCAAAGCUCUUCUCGUCAAACAGAUUGUGAGGCUUGUUAUGCAUACACACAAUCACUCAGGGGGGAAAGGGAGGCUUUCCAGUCACAUUCUAAUGGUAUUACAUUUUAAAUUUCUUGAUAAUAAAACCUAAUACUUUGUGCUUGUGAACUUGUAACCUGUGAACCUUUGGUCGUUAAGAUGAAGCGUAGAAGGGAGAAUAAAUGUCCGGAUUAUUAAGUCACGCAUGUCUUGUUAUUUUAUUCUUACUUUCUGAUGGUUUUCUGCAGUUUUUCUCCUCUUGUUGAAGUCAUGACAGACACACACAUCCUCUUGGACACGCCUGGUGCUCCUGCAGGUGACUUCUUGUAUCUGUCCACUUACGUGUUUGAUGCGUGUUUUUUCAUCGUGUCGAUUUCAGUCGGAUUAUUCUCUCGAUUUGCGUACAGGCUGAGGGACUGUAUGCAUGUCCUCUUUAUGCAUCAUGAGCUGUGCUACAUGCAUAUAUUACUCGCUGUUUUGUCCUUAUAUACUCAUUUUUAGUACUUGAUCCUUGUUUUUUUUUUUUGUGAUACCUCUGUAGUUGAAGAAACUUGGAACAACGUUACACGCCGGAUUAGUGGGAACACUGUUACCAGCGAUUUUAACUGUUGAACCUUUUUUUUUUUCUUUCUUUAAAUGGUCAGAAGCACCAUUGUUGUAGCAUCUGGAAGCCGUGAUACCCCUUUCCUGUUUUGGGGUAGCGACAUGAAGUGUAUUCCUUGCUUUGUAUAAUAGUGUACAGAUUUGUGUAUAUCAUUUUGAAGCAGAUGAGUCAGUGUGCAUGGCUGGCUAAAGUAGCUGCUGUGCAAUCUGAGGUUUUAGUGCAUGAUAUAAUUCAACACUUCCAGUUGUUCCGUCCCUUUAAGAAUUAGAAUCCGAAGAUGAGUCCUGUGCUUUUUAGCACACAAAUAAAAACACUCUCUUCCACCACUAUUGUCAUUUAAUAGGUUUAGAUUUUUAACUUGCUCUUUGAAAUGUACACUCCUCUGUCAGAUCGGCAGGUUUUUGUCAUGUCAAACAAAAACAAACCUUUUCCACAUAUGAUGUAAUCAUUGUGUGCAAAUUAACUGUGGAGCAAAUAAAUCUGUUACAUAAAAAAAAGGAUAAAUAAAAGGUGCUAUAAUUCAAUGCUUUGUUAAACAUGCCAAAAAAAAAACUUCCUUCUUCAGGUAACACCACAGAUCUAAACUUAUAUUUUGACUAUAAAUUUAUAUGAUUUUCAUUUAAAUUGCCCUGGCAAUAUGAGGAUAUUAUAUGUGGAAAACAGUGAUAUGAUUUUUUUAAAAAGUUGAUUUAAUUUAUACUAAUAUAUCAGCCGCUGUACAUGCAUUUUCACAUAGAUGCAUGUCCAGGAUGAGUCUGCUUGGAUAUUUCUUGUUAACCUCCUUCCUUGUGCUCUGAUUGAGCUGCUUUUUAGAGCUUUAAUGUACUUAAAGCUGGAAUGCCCAACACCUCAUUUUAUUCAACAUUUCCAGUACACUACCAUUCAUUUUUGCAGGGAGAAUCUAGAUUAACCUGUUACACAUUCAAAAGUCAUCUACACAGAUUAACACUGACAAGGUGAAUCUUGGGAACCCUCUAAUCCUUUCCAGUGUAAAGUUGGGUUAUUGAUCCCAGAUUAACUGCAUCUUAAUCCAGAGUAGGUGUUCCUGACAUGUUUUCUCAGAUAGUGUAAAGAGCUUUAGCUCUCUACUAAGUAACAGUGGAGCUUUCCUUCAAUUAUGGUGUCCAGUUAGCAUAAACAUGUCAGGUCAUAUGCUGAAGUAAAGCUAAUAUAACUUAAUAAUACCACUAGAUACCUUCAUGACCUCUGGGACAUCACCUUUUUAUCAUUCUCGCUUAUUACGAAACUCCGGACAGCUUUUUUCCUUCCACACACACACCUCUGAACUUUGCCCUUUAUUAACCUUGCUUCUUCUCAAUGUUAGUGAGUAUUCUACCUGUGUAUUCCCCCUUUUUUAAAUUGUAAUCUACUUUGUAUAAGAAAUGGUGCGCAUGUAAAUAAAGCUUGGUGAGGCUCCA